UUACACAUUGUCGGUACAUACGUGAUGAACGAGUGACAUGUAGGUUUGUAAUUAAUUAAAGAGAAAAAAGUAUAUAAAUUAGCCAUGUCAUUGACAUUAGAGGUAUUAAUAUAGAAACAUGGGAUGUACUAAAGAGAUAGAAAAUAAUUUUAAUUUUGCAAAUUACAACACGCUUGUCCAUGGCCGGAAGUGGCAAGAUAGUGGUAUUGUGCAAAGGAUUGUCCGAAAACAACAAUAAGCAAGAGACGUAUAUUGAGACCUUGGAAUCAGCUGGUUACAGUUGCGAAUGUUUACAAACUUUGAGAUUCGAAUUUGUAAAUAUUUCGGAGUUGCGAACACGUCUGUCAGUAGCUGACAGAUAUAGUGGUUUAAUAUUAACGAGUCCUCGUACGGUUGAAGCUGUUGCACUGGCAGCAAAAGAAGAUGCCAGUAUCCUGUAUCAUUGGGAACAGAUGCCGGCGUACUGCGUGGGACCUGCGACGGAGUCUCUCGCCAGAAGCCAACUUAACUUGCAACACUGUGUAGGCAGUCAGUCCGGUAAUUCAAAGCAACUGGCUGAGAAAAUUGUCCUUGACGUAAAGAAGGAUUCAAAACCGUUAUUGUAUCCGUGCAGUGAAAUUGCGCGCGAAACUAUAUCUUGCAUCGUCGGAGACAGUGGAAUUUCAAUAGAAAAGAUCAUGGUUUAUAGGACGUUAGAGAGCGAAACGCUUGAGCAGGAGUUGCCAAAAAUGCUCGAGAAAUCUCCUAGUAUAUUUGUUUUCUUUAGUCCAUCUACAGUGGAGUAUAUUACAGUGCAGCUUAAGAGACAUUUCUAUAAUGUCAAAGAUGUAAGAGCAGUAGCGAUAGGACCUGUAACGAGAGAUGCAUUAAUUAGUUCUGGUUUCAAAGUAUACGCCACUGCAGAUAAACCUGAACCAGCAGCUUUGAUGCGUGCGAUCACAGCUGCCGAAUCUAUGGAAAAUUUAAGUAAGAAGGCUUGCUAAAAAUAUUUACUGACUCAACAUUUUUUAUAUUUUGACAUUUGCAACACAUACAUUUUUUAAAUAUAUAAAUGUUUCAAAUGUUAUUUUAUUUCACAAAAAGAGAAAUCUCUCCUUCAAUCCGUAUCAGUUUGUUAAUAAUAAUUGUAAAUAAUGUAUAUACAACACAUUCUAAAGAUCUAAAAAUAUAUAUAUACUAUAUUUUCUCACAAUUAAUUUUGAUUAUUAUCUAGAUUUCUUGUUAAGCAUUAUUUUACUCAGAAAGGAUAAUAUAUUUCGUUGAUAAAAGCGCUAUUUGCAAAUUUGUGCGUGCACGCAUAUUAAUUUUAAAAUAUUUUUAGAAAGGAUUAUUCGCAACGAAAUAACAUAUUUUUAUAUAUUUAAUAUAUAUU